GGUCCGAUCCCCGGUCAGUGGGCGCGUGGAGAGCUGAGCGCGCGGACGCACUCGAACCUGGAACCGGAAUCGCCAGGAGUCGGCGCGAGGAGCCCCGAGAUGAUGGAAUACAUUGAAAGGACUCCGACGCAGUGAAAGUUUGCACCUCCGACAUGGAGACGCACGCGCACAGGCAACUUCCAGCCACAGUAACCAUCGCCCUCGCUCUCGCCUGAGGGUUCGAGGUGCAGCGGAGGAUGACACCUGCACCCCGCGGCGCGAGGACCGACGCGUCGAUACGCGCGUGCACAUCUCUUUGAAACAAAACUCGGUCAAAUCUUCUGCAAGAGGGACUUUUUUUCUUUCUUUUUCCGCCUCUGAAAUCUGCACAAAAACAGAUCGCUGCCCCCUUCAGGGUCCGUCGGCCACGCGGCUUCUCAUUGCGCCGCUGGACUGCGGCAGAGCACACACACACACACACACCUCCCCGUGUACGCGGACCCCUCGGACGCACAGGUCUCCGUCGACAUGCCGGCUCUCACCUCUCCGUGCUCUUCACAUCUGAAGUAAAAAAAGAGAGCUCUGCUCCAAAGCCCCUCCCCCCCCCCUCUCGCUCUCUCUCUCUCUCUACGCGGGCGUCUCACCAUGGGCACGGUGCUGUCGCUGUCCCCCGGGUCCCGGAAGUCGGGCUACUAUGACAACCGGCCGGGCUCGCUCAGCCAGUACACGAGCAUCAGCAGCCGCUCCCUCAACAGCCAGAAGGACCGCGGAGGGCCGAAGAGGGGCCAGUCCAUCUUCCUGCCGGCGCUCACGUGGAAGCGGCUGGUGGCCUCCACCAAGAAGAAGGGCGGCUCCAGGAAAGGCGGCCCCGGGGGCCUCGGGGACCCCCUCAACAACAACAACAACGGCGUCAACAUCUACCACAAGGACCCCCUGCUGCACCUCAACCACGGGAACGCAAAGAAGUCGCUGUCGUGCGCCAACCUGUCCAGCUACGAGGGCCCGGCGCUGCUGGGGCCGGGCUACGGGCCGGGCGUGGGCCGGGGCCACGGCGGGGGCGGCGGCUACGGCAAAACCCAGCAGCCGUCCUCCGUGAAGAAGCCCCUCCCCCAGGGGACCACGACCUCCUCGGCGUCGCCGAGGCGCGUCAUCGUGCAGGCGUCCACCGGCGAGCUGCUGCGCUGCCUGGGCGACUUCCUGUGCCGCCGCUGCUACCGGCUGAAGCGCCUGGCGCCGGCCGACCCGGUGCUGUGGCUGCGGGCCGUGGACCGCUCGCUGCUGCUGCAGGGCUGGCAGGACCAGGCCUUCGUCACGCCGGCCAACGUGGUCUUCGUGUACAUGCUGUGCCGCGACGUGGUGGACGGCGACGCGGUGGCGUCGGAGCACGAGCUGCGGGCCACGCUGCUCACCUGCCUGUACCUGUCCUACUCCUACAUGGGCAACGAGAUCUCCUACCCGCUCAAGCCCUUCCUGGUGGAGGCGGGCAAGGAGGCCUUCUGGGACCGCUGCCUCGCCAUCAUCGACGCCACCAGCGGCAAGAUGCUGCGCAUCAACGCCGACCCGCACUUCUUCACGCGGAUAUUCGCCGAGCUGAAGAGCGAGGGCGGCUGCGGCCCGCGGGACUUCAGCCGGCUGCUGGACCGCUGACGGAUGAGGAGGCAGGAUCCGUUCUGGGCCCUUCGGCUUCCUCCCAGAGGUUCACGCCUCGACGUCACACUGCAGCCGUGAGAGUCACAGGAAUUAAAAGGUGCGAAUUGGUGUCAAACCUCGUUCGGUUUGGGCCCCAAACUGAGCGACGCUUACCCGCUAAAUGGAGUGCGUCGUAGUGAUCGGACUUCAAAAGGGGUAAAGAGGAAGCUGUGAUCUAAUUUGCAUAUGAAUGCUUUCAGCUGGUUUGAAACGGUUCUUAAUGUCAAAUUCGUCAACUGGUAAAUUAGCAGCAAAAUCAAACAUUUUAAGUUCCUAGAUUGAGCUUUAAAACAGGUAAACCUGAGCCAGUGGGCACAUAACACAUGACGAAGAGAACGAGACCACAGCACUCGACUACGGAGACGAAUUUCGACAAUUUCACAGCUCCACAUUCGCCCUCAGUAAAAACACGAUGCACGUCUUCUCUUUUCUGCAGUUACAGUUAUUUUAAGUUGCAGAGUGUUGAUUGAAGAGUUGCAGGGUUGUUAUGUGUGUGAAAGUCACACACAUGUAAAAGACAUACACACAUCUGCACACACACAGGCUCUCAGAGGUUUGGUGAAUCUCAGUGUGUCAAGAGUCCUAAAUAUAAUUUGAGAGAUGUUUGUAAGUUUACUGUACAAAAGGGAUUAAAAGAAGAUGUAUUUCUAUUGUAGGGGUCCAAUUUUGGAAUAAUGUUGAAAUGGAUAUGUCACACCUGACGUCAUAGGUAGCGAGGUGCAGGAGCUCAUGCGCAGAGAAACAAGCAGGAUCGAAACUUGAAUAACAAAGGCGCUCUUUAAUGAGGCAAAAAACGGGUUGCAACAAAAACACCAAGGUCCAAAAGAGGGUCGAAACAGACAGGAUCCACGAUAGGAACAUAUAACACAGGACGACGGGAAAAAGACAACAAUCCAGCAACACACAAGGGAAAGAGUGGCACAAUAUAUAGGGGAGAAAACAGGUGUACGACAUGAGACAGUAACGAGACGAGAGUGGCUGAGGGCAGGUGCAGGGAAUGAAACAAUCAAGGAGACAGAGGAGACACAGUAGACACAGAGUAAACACAGAACAGGACCUUACAGGAUAUAAGAAUGGUUUAACUCAUUUUUGGUUUUCAAAGGAAUUAUUUAUAAAACAAUUCUUCAGUUAUAAGUGUGAUUGAAAUGUAUUUAUA